AUGUGCUACAAUGCCGAAAUUAUAACGACCAAGUACAGUACGUGACUGAUCUCAUGAAAUGUUGGCCGAAAUUCUGAAAUGCGGUUUAGAGUAGGAGGGAUAACCAGGGUGGGGUUGUAAUGUUGCUUAUCAAACAACACAAUCCCAUAGUAUUCCAGACUCGCCAGGAGGUCGGCUUUUGAAUGCACUUCUUUUCGACCUCUCAUAAAAGCCACACUUGGUAAACAAAUGACUGCUGAAGGAGCAUGUAUUUUUCAUAUUGAUUUUCGAUGGACAUAUAAAUCCAAUUAUUCCAUAUGGAAGACAUGCACAAAAUAUGCUUACUUUUACUUGUUGGGUAGAGAAUAACACAUUUUUCUUGUAUAAAGUGUAAAGACAAUGUUAUUCUCUACCAAACAAGUAACAGUAAGCAUAUUUUGUGCAUGUCUUCCAUAUGGAAUAAUUGGAUUUAUAUGUCCAUCGAAAAUCAAUAUGAAAAAUACAUGCUCCUUCAGCAGUCAUUUGUUUACCAAGUGUGGCUUUUAUGAGAGGUCGAAAAGAAGUGCAUUCAAAAGCCGACCUCCUGGCGAGUCUGGAAUACUAUGGGAUUGUGUUGUUUGAUAAGCAACAUUACAACCCCACCCAGGUUAUCCCUCCUACUCUAAACCGCAUUUCAGAAUUUCGGCCAACAUUUCAUGAGAUCGGUCACGCACUGUAGGUAUCAAAGUAAGCACGCAAACAGUAACAACGCAUCCGCCUUUUUCGCACAUCCUCACUAUUAGAAACGGCCAGUUAUAGGGUAAUUCAUGCAGUAUGACUUCUUGGAGAAGGAGGCAUGAUCGUCGGAACGGCAGCUUUAUUUGCCUGACGUUUCAGAUUACGGCUCGAUCCCAUCAUCAGAUCUUGAACUCGCCUCUCCGCUUUUAUUGGCAAGUAUAGCGUCGCUUUUAACCCCAUUCCCUGUAGACAACUGUGAUAUAUCUCUGCCGUCAAGACACAGAAUCCAAGCUCUCAGUACGAUGAUUUUGUGGAAGCGAGGUACAAACACAUCGGUGCCUGACCAUGACAAUUCCAUAGAACCGGACAGAGCUGUGCAACUUCACUACACCAUUCAGUUGGGAAGUUAGUUAAAUCCUUGUCACAGUCCUAAUGCCGCUACUCCCCGCACUAUGAGCAUGAUCUUAACCACAUUGGACGUUGUUGGGCUUUUAAAGAAAAUCUUUACCUGUCAACGAAAAACUGGAAACUAGAUGUCACUCAUUUGGCAUAAACAUGCGUGGCAAAUGAAGUGCUGCAAUACAUUAAGUGACGCAAUAGGUAGAACGUUCCCUUUUUCACCGGAGCGCAGGGUGUAUGCUCUUGACUACCUAACGUCAACGGGUAAGUAUCAGAAUGUAAACAUUCUCAUAUAGGCAUUCCUUAACUCCCGAUUAGUGAAGUCAAGGGUGAAAAGUACCGCCUCUUAUACGCAACAGAGUGGACGUUUCUGAAAUCUUAAAAAAAUCACUAUUAUCGAAGCAACAACCAUCAAUGAGGUUGAGAUCACAAUACCCUGACACUAGAAAAAUAACUGUUGUUUUAUGGCCGCUACUAUCAGCAGCGAUGACGUAAUGGACUGCUCAAGAUUGCAUUCUUUAGAAACGCGGUUGCCCUCUGCGUAUAAUUUUUGCAUAACUUUUGGAGUGGAACACGACCAAAAGUGCGGAAAGAUGUAGCAAGAGGGGAGCAAAAGCCAUUUGUCGGUAUAAAAACUCUGACGAGGUCAGAAACCCUUGUCGACCAUCCUCACAAUCGCACAGAUAAAUUAUAACCGAAACAUGCUACUAGGCCUGAAAUUGCAGUAGCUAAGAACUUAGAUGGUGACUUUCACUGUAAUGUUUCUAAGCAUCAGUAGUAGGUAGCUUUGCAGCGAAAUCAGCUUUUCGAAUUUUGAUGACUUGGGUUUAUCUGGUCGUAUUUGGUCAUCACAGUGCUUUAUAAUCCGUGGCAUGGAAGACUGGAAAGCGACGAGAUAUGUCUCAGGAUGGGGAUUCAGGCUGUAAUGGCUCAUUCUUGAUGUGGCCUGCAUGACUUCCUUGCUCAAACAGGAUCCAAGCUACCCCUUGUUUGUGUGAAAACCUAGUUCACAGCGCGCUGACUAGGCGUGUAUGGCACGCUCAGACGAACUGUUUAAAUCAGUCAGCCGCCCCGUCAUUCCCGCUUCUAGUCUUCUUGAUCCGGUCUUGACACCGAACUUAAAUGGGUAACGGGAAGAAGGAGUGCGGCAGAUGCAGCGUCAGUCUAUUACUACUACAAACUACCGACUCAGACUGGCCAUAAGUGGGAUCAAUGUUUCGAAGUUAUCCUUCCGCAUAAACAACUAAAUUCCCAAGUCGCCGUAGCUACAGUGGUGAUCCCCAUAGAGAAUGCGGAUGAGCAACAGCGAACUGGCAAGGAGCGAAAGCAUAAGAUGUUAAUGCACUGUAAGUCUUAUGGCAAAAAAGCAACAUGUUUUUAAAAUCCAUUUGUACCUACUAGUUUGAGCUAACUUUAAACAAACCAUGACAAAAGAGGUGAUUGGUACUUGCGGUUGACCCGCUAUCUACCAAAACCCGAAACCUUACGUGUUAUUUUCCACAUGGAACUUGUGCUACCGAAUAAAUAUAGUCGUCCUGGUCGUCCAAUUAUCACCCCUUCUGCCCAACUGUGCGCAGGCCUUUCGGGUCCGAAGUCGCAACAAAAAGGUGUUAAUUCAAACCAGCACUUUAUUACGACAACAGCUAGGCCCAGCUAUUAAGGCAGGACGAAUUAACAGCAGGACUAUGAUAAAAGCCAUAUGUGUCCUUUUCAAAACAUCCCACUCCUGCAUACAAAAGUGAAGACGCGACAUUGGCCACAAAAUUUAAAUGAGGACCCUCUCGAUUGCUCUUUUGGUUAACUUCGAAGCAAUUUGCUCAAAAGGAAAACGAAAUUUCACCAAUCGGGAAACUGUCUCUAUUACCCUGUAACUUCAGAAUCAUAAUGUUUAGCAUAUGAAAAACUAAUGCCAGGAUGUGUAUGUUUACACGGUGACGAUUGUCCGACUCAACAUCAACAUUGGGAACUGUCGUCGUGUGAAAUGGCCGACAGCCGCCUGACAUGUUGGCAGAAAGUCACAUAGACGGCAAUCCUCUUCCUCUGAAGCUAUCAAAUGUGCCCAGGUAGGUACAUGUUUGUCUAAACUAAUCUAGCAUUACGAACUUUGUGGGCAUCAAUAAAGUCCUGCUAAGGCGAUCUUCCAUAAGCAAAUGCGGCUGGAUAUACGAGUCCUCAACUAACCGUCACGUACCGGAACGUGAGGUAAACUGCGGGGUCUGUGAGCCGCAAAACAGCAAGGGCAACGUUGAGAAACUGUUGGCUAAAGAUUCGAAGGUGAUAUCCCACAAAUAGACUCAAACGGCCACCCAUUCGUAUACCUGCCGGAAAGUGGAAGUGGAAAUUCUAGCGGCAGAUCAUCCCUGUCAAAAAAUCCGAUGACGCAAAGUAACUGCUUAUGAUUUAAGAAAGGAUGCUAAAGGAAUUUUGCAAAAUCCAGAGGCCGGGUAACCAAUUUGCUAGGAGCAACAUCGGAAAAGGAGUAAUCAUGGUUUCUAAGUUAAUACUUAAUUAGUAUUAAGGGAACUAUCCAAAUUUCAAACGAGAGGGAUAGGUCGCUGUUUAUAGGCUACUACACUUUACUAUGAUGAAAGCAGAAAUAUAGUUAUUUGACUUAAUCAUCAAAAUGAAAGUCACUAGAAGCUGCUACUUUCAUACGUAUGCGGGCCUCUUCACGAGGAUGCUGAUAUGCCAAUGUUCAGAGGUAAGAAUUUCUUCCAAGACUCUGUCCCAUCUCCAUCUUUAAAAAAAUUAUGCCCUCAUGAGUCCACCAUUAUGUGUCUCGCUGUACGGUUUAAAUUCAAUUUUCCUGUUAUUUAUUCCAACACUACCAAAACCAGUCCUUUUUUUUGCAACUCCAAGUGUCAUCUCGUCACUUUUGCAGGAGGGAAAGCUCGAAGGAUUGUGGAGUACGAUAGCUUGAACAUUCCACUUCAGCUGGUACGGACCGGAGUCGUCAUUUAUCUUACACCGAAUCCAAGUAAGCCUUCAGCACGUACUACUGCAAUUCCCGCUACGAAAUGAUUAGACUUGCAAAAGUUUGAGCCAUAUCAAAGAACAGGUAUACAGUUGCUUUAUUCAUAUUAACUGGUUAAUUGACGAAAAUUUUUUAAAUAAAUGAUAAAGUUUAAAAGAAAGACCCAGCUAUCCUCCGGCCAGUAACGCAAAAAUCUCAGCAAACCAGUUUUUGAGGAGACAAUGCCGAACGUCCGGAAAUGAAAUGACGCUGCUGACGACAAAAAACAAGGUAGUAGUGUAUGCUAUAAGAGAACCAGAAAGAGUGACACCAAGGGGUUGAAUAGUUCCUACCACAGCCGGUAGAUUGAGAACUGCGUUUAGUGGCUGGUUGAUUAAGCUUAAAAAAUGAACCUGCAUUCCCGUUGUAGGGUCCCUCAGGCCUAAAGCUGAAAAAUGUCUGUCAGCGACCGUAGAUAAGUCGGAAAGCAUCGUUUUGCUGACCUUAGACUUUUCUAGGAACAACUUUCUACCACAUGAUUCCCACAUUCAAAUACCUUUUUGCAACCAAGUACAAAUUGUGCCCGCCGACUUAACUUACUUAGAGGACAGAGACGGAUUUCAGAUUAGAUAUGGCGCCUCAGACUAGGGUCCUCACUGGCCGUUGCGCAGAUCAAGAGGACUGUGUGCGGUUAAGAGGCAUGUGUAGGCGAAGGCAAAGAAAUGAGAAUGAUUUAUAGUUCAUUAACUGCCGUCCAUCGGACAUACCCAAAAUCGAGCUCAGAAAUAAGCGUGAGCUGAACUGGAGAGUGAGAAGCUUUGAAAUCAACUGUUCUGUCAAUGAGACGUGAGCCGGCGGUAAAAUUCUGCCAACUCCUUGCCAGACUAUAAAUCAAAUAGAAGGCCGAGGUUUGGACGAACAUGUAGACAACGUGGUAGGUUACCAACUAAUUUACGUUCAACGAGGCUAAGUGCGAAUGUACUGGCAAUGGUUUGAAAUCCAUCCUACGGCACGUACAUAUGGAAUCGGCUUCACAUGUUAGAGGUGGGAAAUCAAAUUGCGGUCGUGAUAAGGGUCAACGAUCCUGGCACUAUGUGUUGCGGAACCAAACAUGGUCCAUAGGGAGGGAUAGUGUUAAUGAGUACAGAGAGGAUGAAAUAGCGCACUGCACGUUACAGAAAAAUGUAAUAAAAGCACUUUUGUGGAGGCAUUCAGGAUAUAAACAAAGGCGCCCUUCCAAACGGCGUCUCAAACAUUAACAGGGGCUACAUAAAGCCAGCUUGGCAUAACUAUCCUUAUGGAGGCUAACGAAACGUCUAGCUCGCUUAAACAUUAAAAGCACAAGCAUGUCUCACCAGAAUAUGCAUGAAUAAUGACAUCAUUCGUAGUCUGGGACACCCAAGGAUGGGUUUGCAUAUCCAUAAAAUCCGGAUAAAUUUUCCGAUCGGUCUCGUACAGCAUCAUCUCCACGUUUUCUUCAGAGAAGAAUCCAGCCCGAGUCUAUAGGUCUUAAAUAGUCUGAUCCACUCCAAGUUAGCGAUUAAUUUCCAAGGAAAUUGAAAGCGCCAGAAUCAGAGAAGAAUUAAUUAGUUCCCUGACCGUCAGUAGUGACAGUCUCAGUGGUUAUUGUCGCCAAAUCAGUUGACUAGGUCGCACUUUAAUCCCAAAAGUGGACCUAAUAUAACUUGGUUAAUAACGUCACACAUCUCAAUCAGUACUGGUUUAUUACGCGAGGAUCCAAUGUUUACCGGUAGACAAUGAGAUAACUUCUCUAAUUUUCUACCAAUUUAAGAAGAACCAAUAAAUCUCUGAUGUAGUACACAUUACACAGUGCUUUGCCAUGCAAGAUACAGAUAAAAGAAUUAAUGUUCAACACCGAUAAUCGCAGGAUCAGGCAUCAAGCAAGAGCCAAAAUCGUGAGUGUAGAAAUAAGAUUGUGUGGGUUCCGGUCGGCGUGUGAUAUCUAGGAAACUUCUGUUGGUUAGACCUGGUUGUAGCGCACCUUAAAUACACGGUGUACAUAUUUACACGCGAAGACGCCCUCGUGGCGGGUCCCGAAAGGUAUGCAAAGCUGCGGAGAACUCGUCCAAGCCCGCCCGAUUAUAGUUGCCGGCGGGUGAAAAAAUGCUAGCCUUGUUGCGACAUCUCCGUUCGGCGAGGAUGCUUUGGGUUUACUAUUAACCGCUGAACAUUUGACCGACAUUGAUCUAGGGACAGUGACUCAAUUUCGUAGCUUCACUUAUAACCAUAAACUUUUAGAAACUGGACCUCGCAAAUCAAUUAGCGAUUGCCACUUUCGAUAAUUAUCAAGAGAGCGGUACCACAAUCACGAAAUAUUAGAUUGCACAUCUCCCAGGGAUACCAACAAAUCACCCCUAAAAUUAAAUGAUCGCUCACGAGAACGCGAGCACAUCUAAUCUGAAAACAGAGUCGGCAUUGUGCUCACAAAGGAUUGCCCGACAGUACUGACAACAGUCUAGCAGUGUAACCGAAGAAUCUGAUGGACAGAGAAUUAUUAUAAUUGCCACAGUCGGGCAGCAAUUCAAUUAGCCUGGGCUCCGUAUGUGCAUCUCAUUUCCACCGUCCACAGAGUGACACCUCGACGUCAUGCAGGGGAGGGUGAUGGACAAGAUAGUCGUCCGACCUCGUUCCACUCCUUUUCCGCAUUCCAAUUUCAGGAGAAUGCCUUGAGUGGACAAGCGGACACCCAAAAUGAACAGACGAGACUGCUAUUCCACAAAUAAAUGUACAAAACAAUCAGGCACUGGAUAGCCAUCAUCAAGCAAAUAGGAGUAGUUCAAACAGAAGGCGAAAAGCUUCUGGUGAGAAGGGUAAUUGGGAAUUUUUAGGAAAUUGAAGUUUUAAGCAACGUUAAUCAGUGCCUACGUGAACCAAAGUACAGGUAACGCAUAGAACCGGAAUCCUAUUGGCACAGGGCGUCCUGCUCCUCCACCUACUACUAUUAUUACUACUAAUUAAAGCCAAUAAAAAUCCCCUUGUAGUCGGCGAGAAAAAACACGGCAACGCCUGUAAAGGAAUUUUUCUGUAUUCGCAAGUAUUGUUGGACAGAAACCUGGCCAAUCACCAAGGGCGCGGUUUGUCACAACGGCGAUAGCAGAAUAUCUGGUAGCCCAUAGUAGUUAUCAUCCAAAAUUAAGGUUAAAGGAGUUUAUUAUUCGGCCAUAAACGUCAGGAUCGCCUAGCGUAAGGCGCUAUGGUCAACUCGAACGCGUUAUAGCACGAGGAAGUCUUGCUAAGUCUAGCGGAAACGACCAAUUACCAGUUACCAACGUCCCUAAAUUAACUCCCGAAGUUCAGACAUACGAGUGAAAUUAUCUAUUUAUUCAUCUAGAAACAACAAACCACCUGAUCCACUAAAUAUAAAAGAGAGUACAGGCACUUCCCUAAAAGGCCUCUCUUUUCUAUUAUAAAGGUUGCGUGGAACAAAAAACCUGCCGCGACUGUCUUCACCAGGACCUGAAAAACUUUGUUUGCCAGUGGUGCGCGCAGACACUGACUUGCAGUUCGGGAGUUGACCGCGACUGGCAACGUUGGCAUGAGAUGAAGUGUCAUCUAUCGGUACGAUAUAAUGUUUACUGAGAAAGUAUAAGUAGACACACACGCGUUGUAUAAUUGACUCAAACGUAAUAUUCUCCUUUCACGCCUCGACCGAACAAAGGCCGCGAGGACCCACUGUGGUAAGUCCGCCACUGACUGA